UCCUAUUCUUUUUCCUACUUAUCAGGGCCCGGGCUGGAUCGGAAGGAGGACGUUCGACGCUCGUCUAACGUCUCCCGUCCUCUCGCUCACGACCUUCUAUCUGUGUAUAUGAGUUAUUGAUCUAUUGCGGUAUCUAUCCGCGCGGUGGAAGGAGGGUUUCUGCUGUAAUGGCAGAGCAUGGAAUGCAGAACGUGGUUACGUGUGUUGGAUGCGGAGGGAAUCUCUGCAGAUUUGGAUACUGUAACGUGUGGUGCGGUAACACUUACCACCCCCACCACUACUCAUACUACUACUUGAAUGCUAGACGCACACUAUACUACCUUCAAAUCUUAACCUCACAUGAUUCUCACACUCUGCCUCCCUUUCAUACGAGCCUGAAACCUGCCUUUGCGGCCUUGCAAUCUUCAAACUCGGACUUUCCGCUUCGGGCCGGGAUCAAGCUUGUGCGCCGUCCUUGUGAUACCCUGCCCGCCUAUCCUAUCUUCCAGCCCUGCGCAAAAGCAGCAACCCCACCCCUCCCAACGCGCUCGUUCACGAGCUUGCAUCUGCUGCUGAUGCACCCGGCUCACGGCUCAGAGACAUCCCGCCCCGCGGCACGCGCAUGGGUACGGGCAAGCGGAGACGGAGACAAAGGGAAGGUGUCAGUGUCACGUAGAGCGUUCUGGCGUCAUGGCGUCGGCGCGCAGAUUCCGAGAGUGCAAACCAGGUUCGGCAUGUGAGGUUGGGAUGUGAGUGUAUAUUAAGCAACCCUCAGGGAGGGUACCUAGGUAGCGAGCGACGUGUUUGACAGAUGUGGGGUUGCAGGGCAGGGUAGGGAUGGAAGGAAAGCGGAAGGUGGAAGGAAGGUGGGGUUGAUGGGAACCCUGGUUCAUCUGAUACAGGACGAGAGCGGUUCUCGGAGGAGAGGUUUCUCCGGGGCAGUUAUUU